GCUCUGUGGCUGUUGAUACUUGCGACUCUGCUCCGGGUAUCAAUGCAGGGUCCUUACCAACGCUUUCUGCUCAAAGAGCUGCUGCGGGACUACAACCCCAUGGAGAGACCAGUGGCCAACGACUCCCACAGUCUCACUGUUCAGUUCUCUUUUACACUAAUGCAGGUCAUGGAUGUGGAUGAAAAGAACCAGCUGCUCACCACAAACGCCUGGCUGCAGAUGCAGUGGUACGACCACUACCUUCAGUGGAACCAGUCAGAAUAUCCUGGAGUUAAGAACCUUCGUUUUACCCCCGACCAGGUCUGGACGCCUGACAUAUUGCUGUAUAACAGCGCUCAUGAUAAGUUUGAUGCGACUUUUAAGACCUAUGUGCUGGUCAACUCCAGUGGUUUCUGUGAGUAUUUGCCUCCAGGAAUUUUUAUCAGCACAUGUAAUGUCGAUGUGAGAUGGUUUCCAUUUGACAUCCAGCGCUGUGAGCUGAAGUUUGGCUCAUGGACAUUUGAUGGUUGGCUGCUGGACAUCCAGAUGAAGGAGGCAGAUGUAUCAGGAUACAUGCCCAAUGGCGAGUGGGACCUACUGGAGGUCCCAGGAGGUCGUAAUGAGGUUUUCUAUGAAUGCUGUGUAGAGCCUUACCCCGACGUUACUUUUGUGGUGAUGUUACGUAGAAGGACCCUGUUCUACGCUCUCAACCUCCUCAUCCCCUGUGUGCUCCUCUCCUCCAUGACCCUGCUGGUCUUCCUGCUGCCUGCCAACUCUGGGGAGAAAAUCAGUCUGGGCAUCACAGUUCUGCUUUCUCUGACUGUCUUCAUGCUGAUGGUUGCAGAGAUUAUGCCCGCCACUUCAGAUUCUGUACCACUGAUAGGUCAAUAUUUCGCCAGCACCAUGGUGAUAGUUGGGAUGUCAGUGGUAGCCACAGUCAUCGUCCUCCAGUUCCAUCACCAUAACCCCGACAGUGGACACAUGCCACGCUGGGUGAAUUUAGUUCUGCUGCAGUGGGUUCCCUGGUUUCUGCGAAUGAAGCGUCCAGGUGAGGGAGUGGAGCCUACUCUUUCCAACAGUCAGGCAGACUCCCAAAGCAAGACCCUGUCCUCUCCAACCACCACCACCACCACCACCAUCCCCACACCAGCGCCCUCCGUCCUCCCACAGGGCCUGAACUCCUUGCAGGCCAGCCUGGCACAGCUCAACCUCCCUUUGCCACACUCACUGCCUCACCGUCCAAACUCUCAGGCUAUCAUCCUCCCUAAUCCCAUUCACAGAGAUCCCAGUCCCAACCCACAACCCCAGCCUAAUGGACAUCUGCCUUACAUGGGAUUCCAGACCUUCCACACCACAGCAGAGCUGCAACCGAUCCAGAGAAACAGAACCACCAGUCAUGGUAGGGGUAACAGUGAACUAGGAGAAGGAGAGGGAGCAGGAGCAGGAGGGGGACCAGUCAGCGAUAUACCACUUCAUCACCAACACCAAUCUUCUAAGUUUGUGAGCCCCACACAGGAACUUCCAGUGUGCCUGGACCCUGACCAAUCAACCACAGCUUCUGGAGUCUGCGGCUUGGAGGCUGGGACUGGGAGAUCAGCUGUGUUGCAUGCCCACAGUGGGAUGAUUCGAUCUGUGGCAGUGGACAACCAGCUGCAGGCUCUUCUGGCAGAGGUGCAGUUCUUAGUUGAACGUGUUCGUGAGCAGGACCGUCAGUUGAGCUUGGCAGAGCAGUGGCAGUUUGCCGCGGCAGUCAUCGACCGGUUGUGCCUGGUUGGAUUCAGUGUUUUCAACAUUAUCUGUACCAUCGCUAUCCUUAUGGCUGCACCCAACUUUGGAAUAGCACUCUCGAAAGACUUCCUCUAA